CAUCUAGGCAUGUUUCGCACCCCCCACUGAAUGACGCGCAUGACUUCCCGUUCUCUCGGACCUUGUGGCAGGCGUUCCCGGCGGCCCGACUGAGGUGGGUACUGCCUCCCAAGGAGCACCAAUCCUCUCAUGGUCUCAGCCUCGUCCCUGGACUCGACGUCGACGCAGUACAUCGUUUGUCUCACCUACCGCUGUAUCGCAGCCAGUCGCCUCUCCUCCCGCAUUGAUUACCUCUACUGCGCUCCCGAGACGACGUCGCUGCGCAGCGCCAGAAUCCGAUAUCUGCUGCCAUCCGGGACAAUUCCCGCAGGAUCCCCCGCGUCCGCCCUAUAAACCUCUCGCUCGGACUCGCAGCACCAUGGUUAUCCUCGACGAAAAAGCGCUGAUGCUACCCCCACCCCCUCCGUACGUCGAAGCUGGUCCUGUCAGCCCACCUCCGUUCCCGACACAGCACCGGCCACCGCUCACGCUGGUCACCUUGCCGCCUCACAUACUGCUACGCGUCGUCUACGAGACGUUCUCGCAGGGACGGGUAGAGAAGCAGAGAAAGGUCCUGUACUGGUUGACGUUGAGCCUCCGGCUGGUCAAUCGUGCGAUGUACAUCGCAUGCAUGCACGUCCUCCGCUCGACCUACCUCCCCCUAUACACCUCCCUCAUCCGCUCGCCCUACACAUCGGACCCCUUCCCACACGCCGCUUCCGGGACCUCCUCGUUGGCUUCCACCUCCGCCUCAGCCACAUCGUCCUCCCCAGCGGACACCUCCCAGCGCGAGAUGCGCGUCCUCGACCUGUUCAUCGCGCUCAAAGUGCGCGAGGACGUCUGGACGGACGACAGCGAGCUCCACCUCGAGCGCGAGGAGAGCUUCAAGGACCUCUUCGACCUCCUCCAGCCCCGCGCGCGCCUCGAGGACCUUGUCCACCACUACGGCGCGCGCGACGGCGUCAUCGCCGUCCCUCUCUCCUCCGGGCUUACCCCCAUCAGGGGGUCGAGCAGCUCGGGAACCGUUGCCCCGAUUCCGUUUGCGGCGCUCACGGCGUCAUUCUCGCCGAGGGCGGUGGGGCUCGUGCUGACGACGAAGGAGAGGAAGCGGAAGAUUGUGGAGGUGCCGCGGGCGAGGGACGAGACGCUGGAGGUAUCAGCGAAGAAGCUGGUGAGGGAGCUGAAGGGGUGGCUCGCUUCGAAUCCGAACCACGGUGUGCGAUGA